GAUAUAAAUGUAUACAUAUAAUUAUUUAUUGAAAAUUGAUUCAUUUGCUAUAUUUUUAUUUUCGGAAUUUUUCCGCAUUUAUACGUUAUUUCUUGUUUACAACAAUUUUCAAAAUUUGUUUGAAGAAUUUCAGAAAAUUUUAUUAGGCAUGUCUGAAGCUACCGUUGAAGUUGCUGAAAUUGCGCCAGUGUCAAAGAUACAGAUAAAGCCUAACUUUGGAUUUCUUUAUACUCCACCUGGAAUUCUGAUGGCUGUAAAUAUAUGUAAAACAGUUAAUAAAAAUGGAAUCAACUACAAAAAAAACCAUUGUUUUAAAUCAACUCUCAACAUCAGCCAAUAUGUAGAAUUAUCUAGUGAUCAUGAACCUGAAAAUGACUUUCAACACGACAACAAAUUUAGAAAUGACGCAAGUGUAAAAAGACAGCUGGAGACAGACGAAUCAGAUUCAGAUAGUUCAAGUUAAGAAGCUGGUAUACAGAUGAGGGUAUGCAUUGUAAAUCUAGUAAAAGAGUCUGACAGAUAUGACCACAGCAAUAUUAACGGAUUUCAGCUUUGUGACAAAUGCAGACCAAGAUAAAGUAAUUAAUAAAAACAAAUUAAGAAGAGAAAGGAUAGAAGUAAAAAUCAAUAAAAUGAUAAUACAUGUACUGAUAUCUUAUUAUUUGCUUCACUGUAUUUUGAUGGUAGAAAGGAUUACAUUUUAACCAGGAAAAGCAUGUAUAUAGGCACUAAGAAAAUGCCUUAUCUGUUUAUUGCACCAAAUUAAAUGUUUUACCGAAUUCUAUGAAAAGCAAACCCAUUGCAAACCUCAUAUUGUUAAAAAAUAACAAAACGGAUGUAACUUCAGAUAUUUUAGUUGUGGAUUGUAAAAGCACUAGUGUAAACUCAGGUUCUAAAAGAAGAGUAAUACAAAACUUGGAGAAAGCUAGGGCGUUAGGACGCCCGCUACGAUUUGCCUUUUGCACACAAACAAACUUUACGCAGGGCCGUCGAGAAGAAAGGACAAAUAAAAAGGGGGCGCCAAAUAAAAAGAAGGUACAAACAAAAUAAGGUCCUUCAUCUAUAAUAUAGGAAAGUUUCGAUAAUCAAAGGCGACAAUCAGGGUUGCUGUCUCAAGCGGUAUGACGGCUCUCAGCGGCCCUGACUUUACGUAUCCACAAUAAAACCGGAGGAAAACAUAAAGUUAAUAACUCAAUUUAUUUACCUUUCAUUAAGGACCAAGUUGGUAUUCUAUUAAGUUUAGACUACUUUAAUGGACCAUAAUAUGUUUCUAGUUUCAGAAUUAAUGAAACAUUUACCUUCAAUAAGUUGCUGAUGUUGUUAAAUCUUUCAAUAAACGGACUCCGCGUUUGCUCACACCAAAAAAAAUUUUAUAAAUGAUGACUGAUCUCAACAAUGUACUAUAAUUAAAAAACCAACUCUUAAAGAUAAGCUAUAGGAUUAAACAACAUCAAGUACCAGUAAUUGACUUAAAUAACCACUUACUGUUCUUUUGUAAAACACGAUUUUAAAAAUGACAGAUCCUAUCAAUUAUUAAAGUUUCUCUGACAAUUAAUGCCUACUUUUACAACUAAUGCCUACCCGAGCGUACAAAUUAUUGAACGCUGCGUUAAAGUUGUGAACAAUGUAGCUAAUUUGAUAUAUUGAUUAGAAACGAGAGAUCGGUUUAUAUGGGCAAUUUUUAUGUCGAGAUCAAUGGUUUCGUUGUUUGAUACAAAAAAAUCGUGUAGUUGAUUAAAUAAAAAAAAAAAAAAUAGAAUUCAUGUUUAUUGUUUAGAUUUUUUUAUAUUGCUACCAGAGGCGAUUCAACAAUAAAAUUAGGGGAGGUUGAAUCCUUAAAAAUUUAAACCCUUAAAAAGGGCACUUUUACCCGGUGUAGUAUGACAUUUUUACUCCCGUGAUUUUUUUACUCCCUAGUAAAUAUAUCGUAUGAAGUUUUUACCGCGGAGUAAAAAAAGCAAAUGAGAUUUUUACUCUUACUAUUUUAUUUUUACUCCCAGGUUGUUAUAAGCGGAAUUGCAUAUCAAGUUGUUAUUAGCGGAAUUGCAUAUCAAGUUAUUAUUAGCGGAAUUGCAUAUCAAGUUGUUAUUAGCGGAAUUGCAUAUCAAGUUGUUAUUAGCGGAAUUGCAUAUCAAGUUGUUAUUAGCGGAAUUGCAUAUCAAGUUGUUAUUAGCGGAAUUGCAUAUCAAGUUGUUAUUAGCGGAAUUGCAUAUCAAGUUGUUAUUAGCGGAAUUGCAUAUCAAGUUGUUAUUAGCGGAAUUGCAUAUCAAGUUGUUAUUAGCGGAAUUGCAUAUCAAGUUGUUAUUAGCGGAAUUGCAUAUCAAGUUGUUAUUAGCGGAAUUGCAUAUCAAGUUGUUAUUAGCGGAAUUGCAUAUCAAGUUGUUAUUAGCGGAAUUGCAUAUCAAGUUGUUAUUAGCGGAAUUGCAUAUCAAGUUGUUAUUAGCGGAACUGCAUAUCAAGUUGUUAUUAGCGGAACUGCAUAUCAACAAGACAUGCACUCCAGAUUUGCAGAUAUUUUUAGUUACUUAAAAUGCAAAAUAUAUCCAAAAGAAGUUUUAAAUAAAGGCGAUAAAGCCAAUGUUAGAAGACAAACUAAGCCAAUUAUGGUUGAUAAUAUUGAGUUAUAUCAUUUAAAUAAAGCUGCAAAGGUAUGCUAUUAUUUCAAAAUGUUUUAAUAGUUUUGUCAUUUUACAACUAGAAUCUAGUCACCAA